AUUGACCAAAGAGAAAAAAUACGUUCUGGGGAAGAAGAAGGGGUUGGAGCCGCUUCGCACCAAAAUCCACGGCGGGGUUUCCUGUGCGACUACUGUACACACUUUCCACACCUUCUUUGCAACUCCCUCUCGGCGCUUUUCCUUUUCGCACCCGCAAUUGCUCCUCGUCCUCCCCCUCUUGUGUGCACAAUGGAGUGGCAACCUCAGGAUGAGCCAUUGAGGCAGCUGGCCUGCUGUCUCAGGGACUCCUUAAAUCCUUAUGACCGUACAGCCCAAAAACAGGCCGAACAGAUGCUAGUGCAAGCGACGUCGUCACCCGAUUAUGUUAACUACAUCGCUUAUUUGUUCAGCACACCGCAGCCCCCUCCGACAGUGGGGUUCGACCAGAACACCUAUGAUAUGGUGCGAUUUGCGGCUGCGAUGAACCUGAAGUCCAAGAUCCGCGUGGCAUACAAAACAAUCCCACAGCCUAGUCUAUCAUUUAUCCGGUCGGUCACCCUGGUUGGGCUCCGAGACACGAACUUCCAGGUGCGAAACUCAGCCGGUAGCAUCAUCACAGAAUUGGUCCAGCAAGCAGGUUUGUUAGCAUGGCCGGAAGUACUGCAUGAACUUAUAUCUCUGGUGAAUAACGAGUCAGGCGAUGUUCCGGGUAUGGCACAGGAGGCCGCGAUGUCGGCCCUUGCCAAAGUCUGCGAGGACAACCGCAAGAUCUUGGAACGGGACUAUCAGGGGCAGUGCCCCCUUGACGUGAUUGUUCCGAAGCUGCUAGAGUUCACAUCCAACCAGAGUGCCAAGGUCCGGUCCAUGGCGCUGGGCACCAUCCAUAUCUUUCUUCCUCACAGACCCCAGGCGCUUGUCGCCUCGAUGGACCUAUUCUUGUCGCAGUUGUUCCAACUGGCCAACGACGACAGCACCGAUGUGCGACGGACAGUCUGCCAGACUUUCGCGCAGCUGGUAGACUUUGCUCCUGACAAACUUAUUCCGCACAUGGAAGGGCUUGUGAAUUACAUCAUUAUGCAGCAACAUAACCAAGAAGACCCGGAGCUGGCUCUUGAUGCUGCGGAAUUCUGGCUUGUUGCUGGCGAACAGGCGAAACUGCAACAGCCGCUGGCUCCUCACAUGCCUAAGAUCGUUCCUGUGCUGCUUCAAAGCAUGGUCUACGAUGAGGAUGACGCCAUCCGCUUGGCGGGUGAGGGUGACGAUGCUGAGGUGGAAGAUCGUGCCGAAGAUCUCAAACCGCAGUUUGCCAAGUCGAAGGGCUCUCGGUUAGACUCUUCUAAGCCCGAGGCACAAGCCAACGGCAACACCGCCGCUGAGGAGGAUGACGAGGAUGACUUGAGCGAAGGUGAAAUUGAGGACUCAGAAUUUGGAGAUGAUCCCGAGGAUGAGUGGACUCUGAGGAAAUGCUCGGCCGCCGCAUUGGAUGUCUUCUCGAACGUCUAUCACCAGCCGAUCUUCGAGAUCAUCCUGCCGUACUUAAAGGAAACCCUGCGCCACGAACAGUGGCCACAGCGGGAAGCUGCUGUCUUGACACUUGGUGCUGUUGCAGAUGGAUGUAUGGACGCGGUCACCCCUCACCUGCCGGAACUUGUACCCUAUCUUAUCUCGUGUUUGAAUGACUCUCAGCCUGUGGUGCGACAGAUCACCUGUUGGUGCUUGGGGCGUUACUCCGAGUGGGCGUCACACCUCAACGAUCCAGCGGAGAGGGCUCGUUUCUUUGAACCCAUGAUGGAGGGUAUCCUUCGCAGGAUGCUAGAUGGCAACAAGAAGGUCCAGGAGGCGGCCGCGUCCGCCUUUGCAAGUUUGGAGGAGAAGUCUGACGCCAACUUGCUUCCUUACUGUGAACCUAUCCUUCGACAGUUCGUCCAGUGCUUCGGAAAAUACAAAGACCGCAAUAUGUACAUCCUGUACGAUUGUGUCCAGACUUUGGCAGAGUGUGUCAUGGGAGAGCUGGCGCAGCCGCAUCUUGUGGACAUUCUCAUGCCUGCUCUUAUCGACCGCUACAACAAAGUAUCGGAUCAAUCUCGCGAACUCUUUCCGUUGCUGGAAUGCCUCGGCUACAUUGCUGCCGCGUACGGUGAUGCGUUUGCUCCCUUUGCUCCUCCUCUCUUCCAAAGAUGUAUUAAAAUCAUCUACGAAAACUUGCAGGAGUAUAUGGCCUCCGUCCAUAACCAGGCUAUCGAGGAGCCCGAUAAGGAUUUCUUGGUCACCAGCUUGGACCUCCUGAGUGCGAUCAUCCAGGCGAUUGAUCCCCAGAAGAGCGGCGAGUUACUGGCCAAUUCCCAACCACGUUUUUUCGACCUUCUCUGCUUUUGUAUGGAGGAUCCGAACUAUGAAGUGCGCCAGUCGUCGUACGCGCUGCUCGGCGACUGUGCCAUCAAUAUUUUCCCGCAACUGGAGCCCUUCAUCCCUAAUAUUAUGCCCACUCUUAUCAAACAACUUGAUCUGGACUUGAUAAAAGAUGACGAUCGUCACACUGGCUUCAGCGUGCUGAACAACGCCUGCUGGUCUUGUGGAGAGAUCGCAGUCAACGAAAAAGCAGCUCUUUCACCCUACGCCGACAAGUUGUACCAGGGCCUAUACGUUAUCAUCAACAACGAAGAGAUCAUCGACUCGGUGAACGAGAAUGCUGCGAUGGCUUUAGGCAGGCUAGGAAUCUGCUGUUCGGAUCAGCUUGCCCCUCGUCUCGGUGAGUACGCGGGAGCGUUUUUGAAAGCUAUGAACAAGAUUGAAUUCACCCGGGAGAAGGCUUCCGCCUUCCUGGGAUUCAACCAAGUGGUUAUGAAGAAUCCACAGGCCAUGGAAGCCAGCCUCGCGGAUUAUUUCCAAGCAAUUGCCGCCUUCCCCACUAAGUCUCUCCACCAGGAGGAUUACCGCGACAUCCAGAGCUCAUUCCAGCAGGUUCUGCAAGGCUAUAAAAACUUGAUACCCAACUUUGAUUCGUUCCUCACCCAGCUUCCGGCUCAUGUUGCUCAGAAACUUCGUUCUGUAUACCAAAUUUAGACUAUGUCGGCAUUGCUAGUGUUCAACGAGGGCAAAACACUUGGCGAAAGGCGCAUUAAAAUUGCAUUGCAUUUUUAUCUCUUCACCCUUUUCCCUCAUACUUCUUUCUCUCUCUCUCUCUUUUUAAUCUACCUAUUGAUGUCCCUUUCACCUUUCUCGCCGAUGUUUCGAAACUAUUGGAUGGAGUGAGCAACGGCCUUUCUUUUUCUUUUACUUCUUGAUCACCUCUUUGUUUUCCACCCAUGGCGUGCUGUUUUCUUUCGUGGUGACAAUUUUAUGUCUGGGCCUACACAGAGUGAGAUCUAAUGGGCCUGUACAAACGACGAUGAGCCUGGGAUAGCGUUAUCCAAGGACUAUAUACCGGAAGGUGGAGGAAUGGACAAUGAUGACAUGCAUAAUGGACUGACUAGGCGGAUGAGUUCUGUGUACCAUUUGGUUGAUAGAAUAUAACUAUAGUAAAUGAACGUAGC